AUCGAAUUCCUACCUAAAUAUCAGUCAGCACCCUUCCGCCUUUUCAAUGCAAUUCAAUAUCUACCUGCCUCACGCCAACGCCAACCUACCGUCCUAUAUCCUUCCACUAUCACCAAUCCUCACCUCCACGGACUCGACGAGACUCCAGAACCCCAUCACACGCACGAGAACAUUUCCCCUCGCCUCCGGGGGGAUAUUAUCGACAAUCCCCCGAUGUCUUCCAACACAGCUCCCGCCCAAACGAAAGGCCGGGCCCCCAUUCCUCCGCGCGCCGCAAAUCAACCGCAUUCACAGCAAAUGCUUGCUGGAUGCCUAAAACAAAACGACGAAACGCUUUCAGAGUCCUCAUUUCACGAUGAUCUCGAUCUUGUUCUUGCUCUCCCCCCUGUUCCCUUCUCCGUCGCAACCCUGCUCUCGCGAUCUUACUACCCUCGCUCGCAUUUCAAAUACACACACUCGUUCUCGUGCUCGCGCUGCACGAAUCCGCAUUCAACCACGUCCUCGACUGGCCAAAACAAUACUUUGUCGCAUAUAACUUUUGCGCCGCGGGCGCCGCGCUGCUCGGAAUGUGGGGAGCUACAAGAGUACGUUGUUGGACCCUUUCCCUUCCCUCUCCCAUCCGCCAUUUGUCCCAAGCAAACUAUAAUGCAUCUACCCGUCUUAUCUCCAAUCACUCCACCACCACUCGUACUCAACCACCACAACCUCCACCGCUACAACAUCAUACCACACCACUCACCACCACUCCUCUCCCCUCCCAGACCACAUCCUACAAAACCAACGCAAAACUAACCCACCGGCAGCUCAACCCCGCCUUCGUCUCCAUCUCCACAACCCUCCACACAACCACGCUCCUCAUCCUCA